AUGGAUUUCCAGGGUGGCACCCGGGGGCGAGCAGGGUUUCCUGCUCAGCUGCAGAUGCUUUUGGAAGUGGAAGGAGAUGCCCUCACCCUGGAUUUGCUACAGAACCGGGAACGGCUGGCCGGCGCCCAGGUUCUCGUCUAUUACCUUCCCAACGGGACGAGGGUGGCUCGUCCCUCGGGCGGCGCAGAGCGCGACUGCUGUUAUCGGGGUGACAUCCGCGGCUAUCAUGAUUCCUGGGCCCAUAUUUGUGUUUGCUCCGGAUUAAGGGGUCUUCUGGCCAUAUCCGAGGGAAGGAGGUACGUCCUUGAACCCGUCAACGGAGGAACGACAAGCGCUUACAGACUCGAUUCCCUGAAGCAAGAGACGGGAGGCUGCAGGGUACUUUUCCCACCCCCUGAACAGCUUCGCCUGCAGGCAGAAUCUGGACCAACAUUACACCGUAGGGCAAAGCGAGAUGCAACGUCAGAGGCCGGAUACGUGGAGCUGGUGAUGGUUGCCGACCAGGCUGAGUUCAGGCUGGAUCCUGACCUGGAACGGAUCGAGACCCGGAUGUCUGAAAUUGCCAACUAUAUGGAUGGGUUUUAUCGCACGCUGGGCCUUCGGGUGGCGCUGGUGGGUGUGGAAAUCUGGAGUGACCGGGAUCGUGUGCCCACGGACGGGUCUCCUCAGGAGGUGCUGGAGCGGUUUCUUCGCUGGAGGCAGACGGAUCUCCUUCCCCGGAUGCCCCACGACAGUGUCCAGCUCAUCAUGGGCGCCCCGUUGACCGAGGGCAUCAUCGGUGCGUCCACGCAGGGAUCCAUCUGCUCCAGGCGCUCGGGGGGUGUCAGCAUGGACCACUCAGUCAGCCCGCUGGUGAUGGCUUCCACCGUGUCCCACCAGCUGGGCCACAACCUCGGCUUCGACCACGAUGGGGCCGGCUGCGGGUGCGACGGAUCCAGCCCCAACCUGCCGCCCGGGCGCAGCUGCAUCAUGGAACCCCUGACAGGGAUCACCCCCGGACUCAGUUUUAGCAGCUGCACCCACCGGAAGGUGGCCCAAGUUCUCCAGAGGGACCGGAUCGGGUGCCUUUGGGACGUGCCGGAGCCGAGCCGCCUUGUGGGAUCGCACUGUGGGAACAACCUGGUGGAAGCCAAAGAGGAGUGUGACUGUGGCUUGCGGCUGGAGUGUACGGAUCCUUGUUGUAACGCCAGCACAUGCCGCCUGAUGCCGGGAGCCCAGUGUGCCACAGGGGGUGCUUGCUGCCACGAGUGUAAGCUCCGCAGCGCCGGUUUCGCCUGCCGCCCGUCCCGGAGCGAGUGCGACCUGCCGGAAUACUGCGACGGCGUCUCGGCCCGCUGCCCGCCCAACGUCCACAAGCAGGACGGGACCUCGUGCGAGGGCGGCAACGGCACCUGUUACGGCGGCACCUGCCCCACCUACGGAAGGCAGUGCGAAGAACUCUGGGGCCCAGGUUCGGUCCCUGUCUCUGACGCCUGUGUGGCCUCUCUGAACAGUAGAGGGAACCCAGAUGGAAAUUGUGGGCGAAGAGCGAACGGUUCUUAUAUCUCCUGUGCCAAAAAUGACGUCUGGUGCGGACAACUCCAAUGCCAGGGAAGUGGCGCUAGUGCCAGAAAACAAAACCGGCAAUCGAGGGCGCCCGGCUGCCCGCAUAAGACUCCGUCUCCAGCGGAUGAUGUCCUGGAUCUGGCCCUGGUGUUGCCGGGGACCACUUGCGGGCCGAACAAGAUCUGCGUGGAGAAAAAGUGUCAGGAUCUUUCCUCUUUGAAACUGCCGGGGUGCCAGUGCAACGGCCAUGGGGUAUGCAACAACAAGGGGCAUUGCCACUGCGAACCGGGGUGGGCACCCCCCGACUGCCAGAGCAGUGGAGGUGGGGGGAGCAUGGACAGCGGCCCCCCUGCUAAGGAGCAAGCAGGCAGAGGCGCCUCGACCGCCAUCUUACUGACCGCCCUCCUGCUUCUCCUGGUGCUCGCCCUCGGCUUGUGCUUCGCCAAGCGCAUCGGACUUUACAAACGGCUGUGCCAGUUUAGUAAGGGCACCAGUUGCCAAUACAGGAUCACGCAGCCGGAACCGCAAAGUUACAGCCGGGCUCCCCCGGAGCGUCCUCAGCCCCCCAAGUGGAGGCAGACCACCGAACUUCAGCAGAUGCCAGUCAUAAAGGUCAGUGGGGUGGGUGUCAAGGAAGGGCUCCCCCCCCCAAUCCAGGCCAACCCAUCCCUUCCUCUCCGGGAUCUACCGGCGGUCCGGUGCUGUCCCGAAAGGAAGGUGGUGGAACAUCGUCAAUGUCAAGUUCGGAGCAAAAUCCGGAGACAAACGCAGGCAGAGAUGCUUCGAAGGGGGGCCAACACCCGUUCCUAA